AUGGACUCAGAGCAACUGAGAGAGUAUGGACACCAGAUGGUCGAUUUUAUUGCCGACUACUACAAGAAUAUUGAGAAUUUCCCUGUCCUCAGCCAAGUCGAGCCUGGUUAUCUCCGGAAGCUGCUGCCUGAUGCUGCACCAAAUCAACCUGAAUCAUUGCAGAAUGUCCUUGAUGAUGUUCAAUCGAAGAUACUGCCAGGGGUGACUCAUUGGCAAAGUCCAAACUUCUAUGCUUAUUAUCCUUCAAACAGUAGUGUUGCGGGAUUCUUGGGAGAAAUGCUGAGUGCUGCCAUAAACAUGGUGGGUUUCAGCUGGAUAACUUCUCCUGCUGCCACGGAGCUCGAGAUGAUAGUGCUUGAUUGGCUUGGCAAAUUGCUUAAACUACCGCAGGAAUUCCUCUCGCCAGGACACGGUGGUGGAGUGAUACAAGGAACUGCAAGUGAAGCUGUUCUGGUUGUACUCUUGGCUGCUCGUGAUAAGACGUUGAGGAGGGUUGGGAAAAGUGCUCUUGGCAAGCUAGUUGUUUAUGGAUCUGAUCAAACGCACUCUGCAUUACAGAAAGCCUGCCAGAUAGGUGGAAUUCAUCCUGAAAAUUGCCGGCUGCUGAAAACAGACUCCUCAACAAAUUAUGCUCUUCCUCCGGAAAUUGUUAGUGAAGCAAUUUCACAUGACAUUUCUAUAGGAUUGAUCCCCUUCUUUCUUUGUGGAACUGUUGGCACUACUUCAUCAGCAACUGUUGAUCCCUUGUAUUCUCUGGGCAAGAUCGCCAAGAGUAAUGACAUGUGGUUUCAUGUGGAUGCUGCAUACGCUGGAAGUGCUUGCAUAUGUCCGGAAUACCGCAAAUACCUUGACGGUGUUGAAGAAGCAGACUCUUUCAACAUGAAUGCACACAAAUGGUUCUUAACCAACUUUGACUGCUCAACCCUUUGGGUCAAGGAUAGAAAUGCUCUCAUCCAGUCCCUCUCCACAAAUCCAGAAUUUCUGAAGAACAAGGCCUCACAAGCAAACUUGGUGGUUGAUUACAAAGACUGGCAAAUUCCUCUUGGACGUCGGUUCAGGUCAUUGAAACUAUGGAUGGUACUACGAUUAUACGGUGUGGAAAAUCUACAGCACUACCUCAGAAAUCAUAUCGAGCUGGCAAAAUACUUUGAAGAGUGUGUUGGCCAAGACUCUAGAUUUGAGGUUGUUGCCCCACGUCUAUUUGCACUAGUCUGCUUUCGCCUCCUACCUCCUGUCGGUGACAAUGAAGUUUGCAGGAGCAACAAACUGAACCAGGUCCUGCUGGAAGCUGUGAAUUCAACCGGGAAACUUUUUAUUUCCCACACUGCCUUAUCGGGGAUGUACACAUUGCGUUUUGCGGUAGGAGCACCAUUGACGGAAAGGAGACAUAUAGCUGCAGCGUGGAAAGUACUGCAAGACGAGGCCUCUACUCUACUUGGUACUCCACUUCAGGACAAUGGCAACCCCUCCUAG